AUAUAUAUAUAGACACGCACUCGCAUACACAUAAAUAGGCAACAGGGAAUUCACCACUUAGCUCAACCUUAUGUAUCCACAGAACCACCUCAGCAACAAUAAAACCCCCAUCUCUCUCUUAGAGGGUUGCACACAGCCACAUGCCAGUAUACUGAUACAUACAUGUGUGUAAUUGUGUAUAUAUAACUAAGCAGAGCAAGCUCAAAGCUUUCACAAUAAUGGCGAUUUCUCCAACUUCUGCUCUCUCUCUUUAUCUUCUAUCUAUCUUCUAUAUAGUUUUGAGUUCAGCUUCUGCUGAUCACAAGACCUUCAUAGUUCGUGUUCAACACGAUGCUAAGCCCUCUAUUUUCCCAACUCAUAAGCACUGGUACGAUUCAUCUCUCAGAUCUCUCUCUUCCACCACCACCGCCGGUGAAGGCUCCUCAGAUUCCGGCGAAGCCAGUCGCAUCAUUCACACCUACGAGACCGUCUUCCAUGGCUUCUCUGCGAAGCUCUCCACAUCGGAGGUACAGACGCUCGAAUCUUUCUCUGGCAUCAUCGCUGUCAUACCGGAGCAGGUCCGACAACUCCAAACCACUCGAUCGCCGGAGUUUCUAGGGUUGAAGACCACUGACAGUGCCGGAUUGUUGAAGGAGUCCGAUUUCGGGUCGGAUCUGGUAAUCGGAGUCAUCGAUACGGGGAUCUGGCCCGAGAGGCAAAGCUUCAACGAUCGAGGCCUCCUUCCAGUGCCGACGAAGUGGAAGGGACAAUGCGUCGCCGGAAGGGACUUUCCGGCGACUUCUUGUAACAGGAAAUUGAUCGGAGCGAGGUUUUUCUGUAACGGAUAUGAAGCCACCAACGGGAAGAUGAAUGAGACGUCAGAGUACCGGUCGCCGAGGGACUCAGACGGCCACGGCACGCACACAGCGUCGAUUGCCGCCGGCAGGUAUGUGUUUCCGGCGUCUACUCUUGGCUACGCCCGAGGAAUCGCCGCCGGGAUGGCUCCCAAGGCGAGACUCGCUGCCUACAAGGUCUGCUGGAACUCCGGAUGCUACGACUCCGACAUCCUGGCGGCGUUCGACGCCGCCGUUGCCGACGGAGCAGAUGUCGUCUCCCUCAGCGUCGGUGGCGUCGUCGUCCCCUACUAUCUCGACGCCAUUGCCAUCGGAGCUUUUGGAGCCGCCGACCACGGAGUCUUUGUCUCCGCCUCCGCAGGAAAUGGCGGCCCGGGCGGCCUCACCGUCACGAACGUAGCGCCCUGGGUCACCACCGUCGGCGCCGGAACAAUUGAUCGGGACUUCCCUGCCAACGUCAAGCUCGGAAAUGGCAGAACAAUAUCCGGCGUCAGCAUAUACGGUGGGCCGGCGUUAGCUUCGGGCCGUCAAUAUCCGCUAAUUUACGCCGGAAGUGAAGGGGGUGACGGUUAUUCAUCAUCACUAUGUCUAGAAGGUUCAUUAGACCCAAAUGUUGUAAAAGGAAAGAUUGUGUUGUGUGACAGAGGAAUCAAUUCCAGAGCUGCCAAAGGUGAUGUAGUGAAAAAAGCCGGUGGAAUUGCAAUGAUUUUGGCUAACGGAGUGUUCGACGGCGAAGGUUUAGUCGCCGAUUGCCACGUUCUGCCCGCCACCGCCGUGGGAGCUUCCGGCGGUGACGAAAUAAGAAAAUACAUCACAGCGGCUUCGAAAUCCCGAUCACUGCCCACGGCAACGAUCGUUUUCAAGGGCACUCGGCUCCGUGUCAGACCAGCCCCUGUUGUGGCCUCAUUUUCGGCUCGUGGACCCAAUCCGGAAACGCCAGAAAUUUUGAAGCCGGACAUAAUUGCUCCGGGAUUGAACAUAUUGGCGGCCUGGCCGGACCGUGUCGGGCCCUCCGGCAUUGCAUCUGAUAAGCGCCGGACAGAAUUCAACAUUCUCUCCGGCACUUCAAUGGCGUGUCCUCACAUUUCCGGACUCGCCGCCUUGCUUAAGGCUGCUCACCCGGAAUGGAGUCCGGCGGCAAUAAGGUCGGCUUUAUUGACAACUGCUUACACAAAAGAUAAUCGUGGUGAAACUAUGAUCGAUGAAGCCACCGGAAAUUCAUCAACAGUGAUGGAUUUUGGUGCAGGCUAUGUCCACCCACAAAAGGCCAUGGACCCAGGACUGGUCUAUGAUUUAAAUUCCUAUGAUUAUGUGGACUUCCUCUGUAAUUCAAAUUAUACCACCAAGAACAUUCAGACGAUCACCCGUAAGAACUCCGAUUGCAGAGGAGCUAAGAGGGCAGGCCAUAUCGGCAACCUGAAUUACCCUUCUCUGUCUGCAGUGUUCCAACAAUAUGGCAAGCACAAGAUGUCCACUCAUUUCAUUAGGACGGUGACCAAUGUUGGGGAUCCUAAUGCAGUAUAUCAGGUCUCUGUCAGGCCGCCAACCGGAACAUUGGUGACGGUGCAGCCGGAGAAGCUAGCGUUCCGGAGGGUGGGUCAGAAGCUGAGCUUUCUGGUAAGGGUGCAAGCUGUGGCAGUGAAGCUAUCACCUGGGAGUUCAAGUAUGAAGAGUGGUUCUCUAGUGUGGUCCGAUGGGAAACAUGAUGUCACAAGCCCAAUAGUUGUCACAAUGCAAGAACCACUCUAAUUGAGUUUAGGGUUUUGAGUUCUUAGGGUUUUUGCUGUUUUUCAGCUACAGAGUUAAUUCUCUGUCUAUAUUAUAUUAUAUGUUAUAUAUAUUAUAUAUAUCUUGAGAGUGUGCCGUUUUCUAAUUCAGAAGGCGGGUGGAGUGGGUUUGUAGCUCAAGAGUGAGAGAGAGCGAAUCUUUGUUGUAAGAAUGUUUGUAGAAAUGUUGUGUAAUGAGAAUAGCUCUUGAAGAA